GCUGGCCCCGCCCCGCCCCUCGCCUGCCGCCGCCCUCAGAAGAUGGCGGACGGCGGGGCAGGUCCUGCGCAGCAGGAAGGGGACGUGUCCUCGGCGGCCGCCGGCGGUCGCAGGGAUCGGCAGCCCCGGAGCAGCGGCCGCCCGCCCAGCGCACGGGAUUUGCAGUUGGCCUUGGCAGAAUUAUAUGAAGAUGAAGCUAAAAGGCAGUCACUGUGUCCUGACAAACCAACAUCUACAAAGAUCAGUAGCACAAAAGCAUCACAGAGUCUUAAAAUUGAUUCUCUUAGAAGGUUGAGAAAACCAGAAAGAAGCAUGAGCGAUGACAAAGAAAACCAAAGAUUUUAUUCAGGUGACUCGGAAUAUAGAGGAUUACAUAUUUCUGGGGCUUCUAAUAAUCCAAGUAAAAUUGUUGCUGAACUCUUCAAGGAAGCAAAAGAACAUGGGGCUGUCCCAUUAGACGAAGCCUCAAGAGCAUCUGGUGAUUUAAGUAAAGCUAAGUCAUUUUCUGGUGGUGGAUAUAGAUUGGGUGACUCAUCACAAAAGCACUCAGAAUACAUAUAUGGAGAAAAUCAAGAUGUUCAAAUUUUGCUGAAACUAUGGAGGAAUGGCUUCAGUUUAGAUGAUGGCGAAUUGAGAUCCUAUUCAGACCCAACAAAUGCUCAGUUUCUUGAGUCUGUUAAAAGAGGGGAAAUUCCUGUGGAACUGCAGCGACUUGUUCAUGGUGGCCAGGUUAAUUUGGACAUGGAAGACCACCAAGAACAGGAAUAUGUGAAGCCUAGACUACGAUUUAAAGCUUUCAGUGGCGAAGGGCAAAAGCUUGGAAGCCUUACACCUGAAAUAGUCAGCACACCUUCUUCCCCAGAGGAGGAGGAGAAAUCCAUUCUUGAUGCGCCUGUUCUGAUUGAUGAUUCCAUGCCAGCAACUAAAAUUCAAAUUAGAUUAGCAGAUGGAAGCCGAUUAAUACAAAGAUUUAACCAAACACACAGGAUUAAGCAUAUUCGAGAUUUCAUUAUCCAGUCCCGUCCAGCUUUUGCAACAACCGAUUUUGUUCUUGUGACUACCUUUCCAAAUAAAGAGCUAACAGAUGAAAGCCUGACACUACAAGAAGCAGAUAUACUUAACACUGUGAUUCUUCAGCAAUUAAAGUAAUCUUACGGUUGUUGGUACAAUAUGGGGAGCAUGCUGUGUUGUCAUACAAUAUGUUUCCAACAGAUGAAGAAAAGGAAAGAUCAGUGUCUUCUUAUCCCCACUCUUCCAUGGAUCAGAUUUUUGGGUUUCAUGUCUUCCAGUGAUAACAUAUCUAACUUUAUUUUAAUCUCUUAGUAUUGUUCGACCUUUUUUCAGUGUUAAAAUUAAGCUUCCCUAUGUUAGUAUGUUUCAAACCACAUCUUGUACUAAAUGUGAAAUGAGAGGUGACUUUGACUCUUCACUAUUUUGGGGGGCAGGGAGAAGCAUUUUUCUGAAGGGGACAUUAUCUUUAAUACAGUUGGUGAGAUUUGCACUAUGGAAAUGUAUUAUGCUGCAUUGACAAACAGCCGUUUGAAGGCUUAGCCUGUGGGUGAUGUUUACCUUCCAAGCUGUAUUAAUACUAAGGUGUUCAGUUUAAUGGGGGGAGAGAUAAUUAAUGCUCUAAUAUAAUUUUUGUAUAUUCUGUUUGUAUGUUUCAUGGUGCAGUAUAAUAUUUAUAUUCUAGUUUUUAUGUAAUUUUCUCUGUAUCAUAGCAGUGAAUCAGUUCAGGAGAUGCAAACCUCAGCUAUUGCAGAUUAUGAUAGAUUGCUCGCAUUUAUACUCUAGUUGUUCUACUUGUGGUGAAAAUAAGUAUGACUUUUUUAUUUCUUGAGGUUAGAGAAAUGGGAUACACCACUGUCAUCUGGUGUAUCCCAUUUCACCACUGGAGAAAUGCUGUGAUUUAGAUUUCAUGAUAGUGGACCUAUGGUCACUUUGAACCUGAGUAUGCAGUUGAACCCUGUGCAUCUACAUGAACAGUUACUUAAAUAACCCUCAACGAAAGAAAAAACAGCCAGGUGCACAAACACAGAACUCGUUUGUGCUGUCAUUUGCGUGCACAAAAGUAGACAUGUUAAUUGGUCAUGUAUUUUUGACCUGAAUUUCAGGUCUUUAUAUUUGGACUUUUGGCCAGAGGCAUUUUGUAAUAUUCAGUGGGGGUUUGGUUGCAUGGCUUUCACUGUACUUGUUUGGAAGCUGUAUAAUUAAACCCCUUAAUCUUUGAAAUUCUAUAUUUUUUCAAAUAACAUGGCCCUACACUGCAGUAUGCAGGUAGGAGUCUUAUGUUGUGGGCAAACUGGCUGCUGUACUUUAGUAGUAUGCAGUUUUAUAGAAUUUGUGGCUUUUUAACAGAUGAGUGGAUCUCACUGAAGGAGGGUAAAUGGGCUGUAUCUCUUGUACAGUAUGUGUUAAAAAUGCUGUUUUCACUGAUUAUUUUAUUCUGAAAAUAUUUAUUUAUGCUAAGCUUAUAACUGCUCAGUAUAUUUGGUUAAUAUACAUUUUUACCUCAAAGUAGAUCUUUGACAGAGUAAAUUUUAAACAUGUAAUUGUAUUUGAAGUAUUUCGUUUUGUAAUCUGAAUAUAUGCAUGAUUUUAAUCAUAAUUCUUUUCAUGUGCUAAGUAAUUAAAGUUUUAAACUAAAAGUACCAUAGGCAACACUUACUGUUUUCUUCCCAUUUUCUGUGCGUUGAAGUGAUGAUUGUAUUGCAUGCCAAAUAUUUAAGCCUAAACAGAAAGGAAUGGACAUUUACUUUGCCUAUGUUUUAUACACUAACACUUCUCUGUGAAUGCAAGGCCAAAGUCAGUAUUUUGUUAUCUAUCUUGGGCAGUCUGUGGCUUGGGCAUAUUUCAGUUCAGAAUAUAGGUAAAGUUAAAUUGCUCAUUCCUUCUGAAGACUAUUAUUAAUUAAACUGAAAUAUAAAGGAUAGUGGUUAACUAAAUCAUUUUCUCCGUUCCCCCCAUUAUUAUGCCAAAACCCACAAUUGUAUAGUAUCAUCAUCUAUUUGUUUCACAUAGCUGGUAAAUUUUAGUGUUCGGUACCAGCUGAGAGUAACUGGGGUCCCAGUGGUUAGAAUUUUGUCAAGCACUAAGAAAAUGUAUCAAUGCUCAUGUUUAAAUGUUUCACUACUUCUUGGUACUUUAAACCUGAUAGAAUGUGUCUCAUAAUUUUGUGUCAUACCUUUUGUUAACAUUUGCACUCAUGUAGCUAACAUUUGGCAUUUUUGGCACAAACCAGUUCUUUGAGUACAGACCUAAGUGGAUACACAGUGAGUUAAGAUUCACUACAAGGGAGAAAGUUGACAAGAGACUGAAAGAAGGGAGAAGGAACUUGGUAGAGGAUGAUGAUGUUUCCCUCAGAACAAGUCUGCUGAGCUGCUUGAGUUCCUCAUAGCUUCCAUGAAAUACAGGUAAUCCUGUCACUUGCUUUUGUGGGCAGUUUAUGAAAGGUGCAGGCUUCACCUCUGCUUGUCUUUCCCAGAAAUCCUUUAUCACACAAGACUCAAAUAAUGCAAAACUGAACGUUUUCUCUUAAGAGAAUGUGUCUGGACCAGAGUAUUUGUUUGGUUUUGGGGGUUUUUUUUGGUUGGUUGGUUGUUUUCAUUUGGACACUACCAUCUUGGUAAUCAUAGUUAUUCUGGUUAAACGCAUCAGGCGUGUUUUGGGGAUUUGAGACCACAUUGAGAUGUUUGCAGUUAUUCUGCUUUAAUGAGACUACUGGACACACUUGUACAAUUAGCAUAUAUUAACAGAUAUCCCAUGCUGUUCUUGCUCUCUGGGGAAAAUCUGUCCAAUAUUAAAUGAACCAAUAAAGAGCAUGCAAGCUUCCUGCUUAGUUGAUUGCACUAAGCUAAAGCUCCCAUGAUCUUUAAAUUGUAGUAUUCUUUGCAGGGAGAAUAGACAGAGAUACACCUUCCCCUUGCUCAUGAUGAUUAAGCCUGGCAGGCCUCAGUGUAGGCACGCACAUCAAAAGCAGUAAGCUCGUGGUGUUUCUCUGGGAUGGAUAUAGUUGGAAUGGGUUCCUGAAGAGAAUAAAAGUAGGACGGGUACUAUUUAGCUGCUUAUCAAUUCUUUGAAAAUAAACUUCGAAAACCAAAGAUCAGUGCAAUGAUAAACAACAGCAGGCAGCAACUAUGUUGAACAUUUAGUGAACUAUGCCACCCACAGGGACCUUGACACACUUGAGAGGUGGCCAAUGCCAACCUCAUGAAGUUCAACAAUGCGAAGUGCAAGGUCCUGCGCCUGGGUCAGGGCAAUCCCAGGCACUGCUACAGGUUGGGCAGAGAAGUGGCUCAGAGCAGCCCUGCAGAGAAGGACUUGGGGGUGGUGGUUGAUGAGAAAUUGAAUAUGAGCCAGCUUCAGUGUGUGCUCACAGCCCAGAAACCAACUGUGUCCUGGGCUGCAUCAAAAGGAGCAUGACCAGCAGGUUGAAGGGGGUGAUCCUGCCCCUCUGCUCUCGUGAGACCUCACUUGGAGUCUAUGUGCAGUUCUGGUGUCCCCAACAUAAAUAAGACAUGGAGCUGUUGGAGCAAGUCCAGAGGAGGGCCACGAGGAUGAUAAGAGGGCUGGAGCACCUCCCGUAUGAAGACAGGCUGAGAAAGUUGGGGCUAUUCAGCCUGGAGAAGAGAAGGCUGCGUGGAGACCUCAUAGCAGCCUUCCAGUAUCUGAAGGGGGCCUAUAAGGAUGCUGGGGAGGGACUCUUCAUCAGGGACUGUAGCAACAGGACAAGGGGCAGUGGGUUCAAACUUAAAACAGGGCAAGUUCAGAUUAGAUGUAGGGAAGAAGUUCUUUACAGUGAGGGUGGUGAGGCACUGGAAUGGGUUGUCCAAAGAAGUGGUAAAUGCUCCAUCCCUGGCAGUGUUCAAGGCCAGGUUGGACAAAGCCUUCGGUGACAUGGUCUAGUGUGAGGCAUACCUGCCCAUGGCGGGGGGUUGGAACUAGAUGAUCUUAGGGUCCUUUCCAGCCCUAACCAUUCUAUGAUUUUAUAAAUGUCAAGUUAUGAGUCUGGAACCAACUGUGAAAGACACUAACAGCCUGGAAAGCACUGGCCCUGGAAAGGAGUUGAAUGACAGGAAGAAAACAAUGCAGCAGAACUAUUUACACCCCUUAGAGGUUUACAGAGCAAUUUUGUGACUGAGAUGAUUUUAAUCCGUGUGUUUGUUACUGGCGAGUUUAAUCCUCUUUAUGGUGCUGAUCCUGCUUCUUAAGAGCCUCAGAGAUGGGACCAAAAAACCAAUGGAAAUGCUGAAUUAAAUAUCUUAGAAGUACUCAAAACAGGUAUCAGGAAGAAAACAGAGAGGUGAGGUGACUUAAAGUGGGCAGUUACUUCACAGAGGGGAAAAAAAUAUUAUAGGACGUGUAGCAUAACAAGAAUUAGAAACUUGUACAAAACUGGAAACUCAGUUCAGAUAUUUUCAAAGUGAAAUUAAAACAGAUUUUUCAAUAGUUGAACUACUGGAAUGAACCAACCUUGAAAAGCAACUUUAUCUUCUGUUCUCUUGUUUAAUUCUCAUCGUUAUGCUGGCUUCCUGUAAUGUGUUUUAAUUAAACCAAAUUUAUUUGGGUUUUGCUACUGAGACAAGGUAAAUGGCUUAGUUUUUGGAAAGCUUUGUCUUUUGUCCAGUUGUACUUAACAAUUAAUAAAUUUUGCUGUAUGUUUCCUGUUUAAGGGCUGGAAACAUUAUGUACCUCA